UCUCUCAUAGUAUAAACUUUUUUUAUCAUAACUUAUGAUUAAGUGUAUCUAUUUGAAGUUAGUUUGUCAAUAUUUACAAAUUUCAAAAAUACACAUAUUAUUCAUUUAUAACUUGCAAAUUUCAAAAAUACACAUAUUAUUCAUUUAAAUACUCAGCAUUUGUUGUACUUCUUUCAUGUUAACCGAGUAUAUAUAGAUCUAUGUUUGAUAAAAAUACUGUUAUAAAUCUUAUUUAUGUCAGGGUCUAUGUCUUACCAAAUAUAGAUAAAUUUAAUUUUACAAUAACUUCUUUUUGAAGCCGUCAAUUUUCAGAUGCUUAGAGCAAGUCCAUUGAAGGUUUAUAGGCGGGUCAUGGGCUGAGGGUCAUGGGAUUUUUAAUCCAAAAGAAAAUGAAAAAUGGAUCUUUAUCGCUGAACCGGGCCGUUGGAGAGAGCCCGCAUGAAACGAGUUCAAGCCACGUGGAGAAGAGUUAUUGGCUGGUGAGACGCGCGUUGUCGACGGGGAAUGGUGAAGAAACGCGUGAAUCUCCUCAUUUCCUCCUCUCUCCAAAAAAGCUAGGGUUUGCGACUCGAGAGGCGAUUCUUGUAGCGACGCCGACGAUUCUUGUAGCGACGCCGAUCCAGAGCACAAUUGUCCAUCAAAUCGACGACGUAGUGAGAUCUCAUCGAGCUGAGAUGGAUCCCGCAGAAGAAAGACGACAUUCAAAGAAGCAAAAGGAUCACUGCGACAUGUUAGGGUUUGUCGCGGAUUCACAGUACGGGGUUCCAAGAAAGUGUGCUUGCGGCGGGAGAAUCAUUGACGAGGUACGGGGGAAGGAAGACUACGACAGUCUUCCUGGAAAGCGUUUCUUCACAUGCGUAAACUAUGAGGUCAGUGUCAAUCUGCAUUCAUGUUCUUAUAAUUUAUGUAACUUGAAGUCUCUCUAAUAUUUGUUUUCUGUUGUGAACAAGGAUGAUGGGUUGCAUUACC